AUGCGUCUCCCACUACGCUUCAGCCGCGCCUUUAGCAAGGCCGAGAUCACCUCGGUCGGUAUCUCGCCUUCUACCUCUGUAGCAUUCGCCAUUUACGGCGCAGCACAAACUCUCCAAUCCUGGAUCGACGUCUUUGACCUCAAGAACGGAAACGUUUACUCUAAGACAAGUGGAUCGAGAGCUGUCUUUGCGCCAAAGGGCUCUCGCUUGGCAACUGUUCGAGACUGGACUGUUCAGCUUACAGGCGGCGUUGACUUUCACCACUCUACUACCGUCUUUCUACGGGAUUAUGUGAGUGGUAAGACUGCCUGCGAACUCAAGGAGGCAAAGGGUGAGCCUAUUGCUUGGAGCCGCGAUGGAAGACUUGUUGCAGUGGGAGAAGCAAAGGAUCGCGUUGGGGUCUACGAUGUCAAGAAUGGAGUUCGGGCGGGAAUGGUUCUGAGCCACAUCGACACGAUCACUCACGCCGCCUUCCUCCCCGACUCCAGUCUUGUGACUAUCUCGCGCGAUGGAACGUUGAGAAUCACCAAUACGACGACCUACAAGACGAUUCGCCGUCUUGAGAUGGACGGCUCUAACAACCCCAGAGCUCUAGCCGUCAGUCCCGAUGGACGACGCAUCGUUUCAGUAUGGGGAACAAACGUACACAUCUGGAUCCCUGCGGCAAACGACUUGACAUCUUACAAUCUCAACGCUGUACGAAGCUACGAAGGAUGGCCGCUGGCUAUCUCACCCGACUGCAGAUACAUGCUCUGCAGAACUGAGGACGGAUUCGACGUUAUGGAUGUUGCGACGGGCUCGGUCGCGUACGAGGAGACUACGAAGGCGAUGAUAAUGUCUGGGGCUUUUGCAGAGGACGGUAGGACUUUGGUACUUGGAAAGAUGGAUGGGGUUGUAGAGGUUCGAGAUGUUUUGGACGCGAGGUUUUGA